AUGGCAGCAGAUAACAGCGCGAGCUCCUCAAUGACCUCUACAUCUCACACAUUGACUGCCUUUCCUACGACCAAAUCUCAAGUCACUCUUGCUGGAGCGAAAAUGGAUGAUUUCUUCGUCUCGUUGCAGUCUGGUAAUAGACAGAAGUUCUUGACACCAACGGAGGGCUUAGGGAAGGGCGCAUUGGGCUAUGUUAAGGGAACACUGGAUGUUGUUGCUGGCCGAUUGGGGGACGAGCAAAGCGCAAGAUUUAGGGAGGAAAGGAAAAGAAAAAGAACAGCGGGCGUGGUGGAAGGCGAGGUCUUGAAAAUCCGAAAAGUGCAUGUUGAAGGGUUUGCAGUUGAGCAGGUUUGGGAGCAGGCUAGAAGGGUCAUUGAGUCUUUGAGAGGGGAGGCCGAGAGGGGUUUGGAGGCAUUAGGUGUGGGGAAUGACGAGAAGCAAAUCGAGGGAGAGGUCGAGGACGAUAGCGGGGUUGAUAUGAUGAAGUUUGAUGAGGAUGGCUUUGAGGUCGGAUCCGAUGACGAGAGCCUGGAUGAGGACGAAGAGAUUGAAGAAGAGGAUCUGGAAGGAGGUAGUGGCGAAGAGGAAGAAAAUGUGCUCGAGGACGAAUUCGAAUCCGAAGUCGACAACGAAGAAAUUCCAAAUAUUUCGGUUGGAGAAGACGAUCUUGACGAACAUGAUGAAGAAAAUCAGGAAGAGGAAGAGCCUACUGCGGUUUUUCUCGAAGACCCAAAUAAACUCAAUGAUGGAUUCUUCUCUAUUGACGAAUUCAAUAAACAAACAGAAUUCUUGGAGCAACAGGAUGCAACGGCAGAUCCAUAUACCGGCGAAGCAAGCGAUGAAGAAGAUAUUGACUGGGAUGCAAACCCUUUGACGAUGCCUUCAAUACCGGUCGUUUCGAGCUCGAAACGGGCAGCAGCUAUGGAUAUUGACGAUGCUGAAGAUGAUGAAAACUCAGAGGAUGAAGACGGGGGUCCUACUUUUGGGAAUAUGGAUCUUAACGCACCUGAUGGGGACAGUGAGAGUGAAAACGAUGACGAAGACAUGGAUGGUGAUGAUUAUCCGGCAGGUGAUAACACAAAUGACAUUCUCUACAAAGAUUUCUUCGAACCACCCCCGCGGAAAAUUGGAAAGGGAGAACGUCAAGCGAGUUAUCUUGAACGGCAAUCAAAGAGGGUCAAGUUUACAGAGCCAGCAGAUGAUCAAGAUGGGAUUGAGCGAGCAAUGGCGGACGUCAGGAGAGAUCUUUUCGAUGAUCUAUCAGAUCAAGCCGAUUCAGAAGAUGCUCUCUCAGACGUGGAUGCUGGAGAUGUUAAAUCAAGACGUUCGGCUCACGAACGUCGGCAGGCAAAGCUUGCCGAAGAAAUAAGGAAGUUGGAAGCUGCUUCGGUCGCGAAACGUGAGUGGACGUUAUCAGGGGAGGCAAGAGCAGCAGACAGGCCCCAGAACUCUUUGCUAGACGAAGACCUUGAUUUUGAGCGUACUGGGAAGCCAGUACCCGUGAUCACAGCCGAAGUAUCAGAGAGUAUAGAAGAGCUCAUCAAACGACGAAUCUUGGCCCAAGAGUUUGACGAGGUCAUUCGCCGCCGACCGGAUUCUCUCACGCCAGCAACCACUCGCAGGGGAGCAUUCGAACUUGAUGACUCGAAACCACAGCAAAGUCUUGCAGAAAUGUAUGAAGAGGAGCACGUUAAGAAUCAAAACCCAGACACAUAUGUUAGUAAAGCUGAUGAGAAGCUUCGCAAGGAAGAGAAAGAGAUAGAAGCACUAUGGAAAGAUGUUAGUGCCAAGCUGGAUGCUCUUAGUAGCUGGCAUUACAAGCCAAAGCCUGCAGCUCCGAGUCUUACCGUGGUUUCCGAUGUGGCAACUAUCGCGAUGGAGGAUGCACAACCUACAACAGCAGCUGGUAUCAAUGGAGGUGAUUCUAUGCUUGCGCCUCAGGAAAUUUACAAGGCUGGUAAAGAGAAGGAAACCAUUGAGAAGGGCGAGAUUGUCCCCAAGAGCGGCGCUCCUGUUGCCCGACAAGAGAUGACCAGGGAAGAGAAGUUACGAAGAAGGAGACGUGAGAAGGAGAGGAUUAAGAAGAGAGGCGGCGAAGAGAUCAAAAAUCGUCCCGAGAGCCAGAAGACUAAGGGCAAAAGGGAAAUGGUCGGGGAUUUGAAGAAGGGAGGUGUUAGGGUUAUCGGAAAGAAGGGUGAGUUGAGGGAUGUGGAUGGAAAUAAAGUAGCGGGGGAUAAAUCAUUGAGUGGAGCUGGAGGAUUUAAACUGUGA